AUGCAUGAGAUAAUCACCCUGCAGCUGGGCCAGCAGAGCAACUACCUGGCCACGCACUUCUGGAAUGCCCAGGAAUCAUAUUUCACGUACGGGGAGAACGAAGAGUCCGCCGUAGACCAUGACGUGCAUUGGCGUCCCGGGCUCGGCGCAGACGGCUCCGAGACGUUCAUGCCGCGGACCGUCAUCUACGACCUGAAGGGCGGCUUCGGCUCGCUGAAGCGGAUCAACGCCCUGUACGACAUCCAGGACGACGACCCGGCACAGUCAUCGUCGCUGUGGAGCGGCCAGCCCGUUGUGCAGAAGGCGGAGCCGAUCGAGCCCAGCGCGUACCAGCAGUCCCUGGACGCGGGUCUGGAGCCUCCCCAGCUCACGACCGAGUCGGUCCGCUACUGGUCCGACUUCAAUCGUGUCUUCUACCACCCCCGGAGCAUCGUCCAGCUGAACGAGUACGACCUGAACUCGAGCAUCGCGCCCUUCGAGAGGUGGGAUUCGGGUGAGGAGCUGUUUGCGAACCUGGACAAGGAGCACGACCUUGUGGACAGGGACCUGAGGCCGUUCGCCGAGGAGGCGGACCACAUGCAGGGGAUCCAGAUCAUGACGACCGUGGACGACGCCUGGGGUGGUUUCGCGUCGCGAUAUAUUGAGAAGCUCAGGGAUGAGUACGGCAAGACUACGAUCUGGGUCUGGGGCUUGCAGGAGGGAUUCCAGGGUGAUAAGCGCCUUCUCCGACUAGUGAAUAAGGCGAAGUCGCUCACGGAAAUCUACAAGCAAGCCUCGCUCCUCAUCCCGAUCGCCAUCCCGUCUUCGCUCUCCCCGCGGCUUCGCAACGUCCUCUCACUAGACACAUCCUCAUCAUGGCACACAUCCGCACUCCUAUCCUCAGCUAUCGAGUCCGCCACACUUCCUUCUCGGCUGAAGGACAAUCUGAAUAGGGACUCGCUUGGCAACAUGACCGACAGGCUCAACCUGCACGGCAAGCAGACGGUCGCCAACCUGCAGAUGAGCUUCUCCGGGACGAGCGAAACGCCGCGCAGUGAGGAAGUGGGCGAUGAGCCCAAGGAUGGGCUGCGCCUUGAUCUGGACCUCCGCCCGGCGGAUGAUCUGGGAGAUGGCCGAAAGCAGCAGAACGGGUACCACCGCGCCCCCAAGAUUUUCAGCCAAGUGCUGGCGAGCCGGGGAGAGCGCGCAGGUGAUGAUGAUGAGGAAGGUGACAGCGAUGAGGAAGACGACAGGAUACGUCGGCGAGGGCAGCGUGAAGCCAUCAGCAGAAGAUACCGGUCAACGCUGAGCUACCCGCUCCCGGACAGCUUCCCGCACAUCUUCAGGGACGGGAAGGGCGAGGAGCUCAAGGGCAGCGUGGCGGUGACGACGUCGCUGUCCACGGACGCCGCGCUCUCCGGCCGGCUCAAGUCGCUCCGGUCGACCGUGACGCGGCUCAUUGGCGUCGAGGACAGGGAGACGCUGAGCAACGAGCUCGCCGAGAUGGCGGACGAGUACCACGAGGGGUGGUCGAGCGGGAGCGACAGCGGGGAGGACGAUUGA